AACUGCAAAGUAACUAAAGUGGCGAAGGAAAAAGAGAAAAAGGUGGAGAGAGCCUUCCCCUCGCCUUCCAUCAUUUGUAUUGAGAAACCCCAAACGCCACACAAUUUCACAGUCUUCUCCUUCUCUUUCUCCUCCUUCAUUUCCUCAAUCUCACAUGCCCUAAUUCCAAUCCAUUCUAAAGCACUCGACUGUUUACACAGUUUGCAGAUCAAUUCAAUCGGAGACCAGAAUCUGACCCGAUCUCUCCGUGUUUUGAUCCAUUUAUACAGAUAGAACGAUGUCGUGUUCGUCUUCGUCUGGGUCUGAAUCCGAGGACGAUGAGGGAAUCGACUCUUAUAGGAAAGGCGGUUAUCAUGCCGUUAGAGUCGGCGAUCAGUUCGCUGGUGGCCGUUAUAUAGCCCAGAGGAAGCUUGGCUGGGGCCAGUUCUCUACCGUCUGGCUCGCUUAUGAUACCAAAUCCUCUAAUUAUGUUGCACUUAAAAUCCAGAAAAGUGCCGCACAGUUUGCUCAGGCUGCCCUUCAUGAAAUUGAAGUCCUCUCAGCCAUAGCUAAUGGUGAUCCAUCCAAUUCUAAAUGUGUUGUGCAACUGAUUGACCACUUCAAGCAUGCAGGACCAAACGGGCAGCAUCAUUGCAUGGUCCUUGAAUUUCUUGGUGAUAGCUUGCUGCGGCUAAUCAGGCAUAGUCGUUACAAAGGUCUACAAUUGAAUAAAGUUAGAGAGAUAUGCAAAUGCAUUUUGAUAUGCCUGGAUUACAUGCAUAGGGAACUUGGUUUGAUUCACUCUGACCUCAAACCUGAAAAUAUUCUUCUUUAUUCCACUAUUGAUCCUGCCAAGGAUCCAAUUAGAUCUGGGCUCACACCAAUUCUUCAAAGGCCUGAAGGUAGCCUUAAUGGUGGAGCUACCAUGAAUAUCAUUGAGAAAAAGCUGAAAAGGAGAGCUAGGAGGGCAGUUGCUAAGAUUUCAGAAAGAAGAGGUUCAAUGGGAGGAGCUGUGAAAAAACCACAGAAAUGCUUGGAUGGGGUUGAUAUAAGGUGUAAGGUUGUCGAUUUUGGAAAUGCAUGUUGGGCUGACAAGCAGUUUGCAGAAGAGAUUCAAACGAGGCAGUAUAGAGCUCCUGAAGUCAUUCUGCGGUCUGGAUAUUCCUUCUCUGUUGAUAUGUGGUCAUUUGCUUGCACUGCUUUUGAGCUUGCUACAGGUGACAUGCUCUUUGCUCCUAAGGGUGGACAGGGAUUUAGUGAGGAUGAGGAUCACCUUGCUCUUAUGAUGGAACUCCUUGGAAAGAUUCCCCGAAAGAUAGCUGUUGGAGGAGCUCAAUCCAAGGAUUUCUUCGAUAGAUAUGGGGACCUAAAAAGGAUUAGAAGACUGAAGUUUUGGUCACUUGAUCGCUUACUGGUUGAUAAAUACAAAUUUUCUGAGAAUGAAGCUCGGGAGUUUGCUGAAUUUCUCCGUCCCCUUCUCGAUUUUACACCAGAGAAGCGGCCCACUGCUCAGCAGUGCCUGCAACACCCUUGGCUCAAUCACAGAACUUGUGCUCAGACAGAGAAUGAAGGUGAAGUGGAUAAGUUGCAUGUAGGGAUGAGCAACUUUAAACUAAAGGUGGGCAAGUGAAAAAGGGAUCCAGUGUGUUUGCACCAUUUUCAAGUCCCUCCCUCCACCUAUAUGGAUAUUGAUUGUAUUAUUAUCACUAUUAUUAUUUUGCUUGCUCCACUUUUAAUAAGAUUUUUUUUAGUAUUAUGAUUAACUAAAAUGUAAAUUAGUAAUUGAUUAUUGAGAGGAAAUGACAUGAGGGAGAGAUUAACUGCAAUGACUGGAAGUAGCGGCUGAUGCCCUAACCAGAACAAUACACAUUCUUUUCCACAUGUAAUUGUGUUUGACAAUUCAUAUUAGUGAAGCUUGUGUCACACUGUGGAUGGAA